CCUCGCCCGUGACGCGUCCCCCGGCCGGGCGGCCAUGGCGGCUCCGCGGCGCGGGGCUGCUGCGAUGGCGGGGCCGGGCUCCGGGGCGGCUCCUCCGCGCCUGGCGCUUCUCCUGGCGCUGCUGGCCGCCAUCGUGGCUGUCAAGUAUUACCGGGACGCGGAGGCGGCGCGGCGGCAGGAGCUGGCUCUGAARUCCUUGGGGAAUGAGGGGCUGUUUCUGUUCUCCUCCCUGGACACAAACAAGGACCUGUACCUGAGCCCAGAGGAGUUCAAACCCAUCGCUGAGAAGCUCACAGGGRUUUCUCCAGUCUCAGAAUCCGAGGAGGAGGAGACGCUGGAUCCAGAUGGGGAGACUUUGUCCGUUGUGGCCAAAUUCCAGCCCUUGGUCAUGGAAACAAUGACGAAGAGCAAGGACGGUUUUUUGGGAAUCUCUCACGUGGCUCUGUCUGGGCUGAGGAACUGGACAGCCCCAGCAGCCCCUAUGAGUGUCCUGCUUGCCAGGCAGUUUAAAGCCUUUCUCCCUCCCAAGAACAAAGUGGAUCUUGGGGAUCCSUGGUGGAUCAUUCCCAGCGAAUUGAACAUCUUCACUGGGUAUCUCUCCAACAACAGGUUUUACCCUCCACCUCCCAAGGGCAAAGAGGUGAUUAUCCACAAACUGCUGAGCAUGUUCCACCCACGCCCCUUCGUCCGGACGCGCUUUGCUCCACAGGGAGCCGUGGCCUGCAUCCAGGCCAGCAGCAGCUUCUACUACACCAUAGCAUUCCGGAUCCACGCUGAAUUCCAGCUGAAUGAGCCUCCAAACUUCCCCUUUUGGUUUUCCCCAGGACAGUUCACAGGUUACAUUGUCCUCUCCAAGGAUUCUUCCCACGUCAGGGACUUCAGGCUCUUUGUUCCCAACAACAGGUCCCUGAACGUGGACAUGGAGUGGCUGUACGGGGCGAGCGAGAGCAGCAACAUGGAAGUGGACAUUGGAUAUCUGCCUCAGAUGGAGCUGGAAUCCACGGGACCCUCGAUCCCCGCCGUGAUCCACGACGAGAACGGGAACGUCAUCGACAGCAGAGACCCCUCAGGGGAGCCCAUCCAGUUYGUGUUCGAGGAGAUCACCUGGCAGCAGCAGAUCCCCUGGGAACAGGCAGCACACAGGCUGGAAGUGGCCAUGUAUCCGUUUAARAAGAUCUCCUACCUGCCCUUCACAGAAGCUUUUGAGAGAGCAAAAGCAGAGAAGAAGCUGGUGCACUCCAUCCUGCUCUGGGGUGCCCUGGAUGACCAGUCCUGCUGAGGUUCGGGGCGAACUCUCCGGGAAACCGUCCUGGAAAGUUCGCCCAUCCUCGCCCUGCUGAACGAGAGCUUCAUCAGCAGCUGGUCCCUGGUGAAGGAGCUGGAGGAGCUGCAGAGCAACAGAGAGAAUGAGUUCCAAAGCAAACUGGCCAAGCUGCACCUGGAGAAAUACAACUUCCCCGUGGAGAUGAUCAUCUGCCUCCCCAAUGGCACGGUGAUUCACCAUAUCAAUGCCAACUAUUUCCUGGACAUUACUUCUAUGAAGCCUGAAGAUGUUGAAAGCAGCAUCUUUAGUUUCUCAAGCAAUUUUGAAGACCCUUCAACUGCAACUUACCUCCAGUUCCUGAAGGAAGGGCUGCAGAGGGCAAAACCCUACCUGCAAUCCUAAAAACUGGCACCUGAACGCCCCASUGAGAUGGCCAAAGACUUCAGAGAUCUAUUUUGAUUACAGCAACUCCUCAUCUUCAUGCCAGACAUUGGUGUUGAGCUGCAGGCAGUCCCAGGAUGGGGCUGGAUCUUGGUUUGAGGCUGAGUUUCAAGUGAUCCCAGUUUACACAAGCUGCCCUUUUGAGUUUCAGGCCAAUUUUUACAGGAGUGAAAAUACUUGAACACAUUCCCAGAGCACCCACCCUMCUUCCUUUGCAGCUCCUGUUCAGACUGUGGUACCAGACACUGGGGUAACCCCCAACCCCAAUCCCCAGGACUGCUGCUGCUGUGGGGAGCAGCAUUGCCGUGAUGACCAAACACUCGUGGUGACAACAGCACCCAGCACUGAACACUCGUGGUGACAACAGCACCCAGCACUGCACACUCGUGGUGACAACAGCACCCAGCACUGAACACUCAUGGUGACAACAGCACCCAGCACUGAACACUCAUGGUG